AUGGCGCAGAAAACCCCGGCAGCCCAGCUGCGUGGCUAUAAACUGCUGCGCCUGCCGAUGAUGCCCAACUCGCCCAUCACCAGGACGCUUUUGGUCAAGAAGAACGAGACCAGGGAUCCUGCUGAGAAGGAGAAGGCGCAGAGGACUCUCUUCGUGACGCAUUUGGACACCUUCGCCACGGAAGCGCAGCUUCAGAAGGCCUUCGCAGCCUUUGGCCCCGUGGAGCGUCUUGGGUGUUGGGCUUCGCGAGGGCUGGAAAUUGUUUUUCCCUUGGCGAAGCUUCAAUAG